CCAGAAUUUAAAUAUGUUGGGAAUAUGCAUGGGAAUGAAGCUGUUGGAAGGGAGUUACUCAUCUUCCUGGCUCAGUACUUGUGUAAUGAAUACCAGAAAGGAAACGAUACUAUUAUCAACUUGAUCCACAGCACACGGAUCCAUAUCAUGCCAUCUUUGAACCCAGAUGGUUUUGAGAAGGCAGCGUCCCAGCCUGGUGAACUUAAAGACUGGUUUGUUGGUCGAAGUAAUGCCCAAGGGAUAGAUCUAAACCGAAAUUUUCCCGAUCUUGAUAGAAUAGUCUACAUUAAUGAGAAAGAAGGUGGCCCAAACAACCACCUUCUGAAAAACCUGAAAAAAGCUGUGGACCAGAAUCCCAAGCUUGCUCCUGAAACAAAAGGUGUCAUUCAUUGGAUUAUGGAUAUUCCCUUUGUGCUCUCUGCCAAUCUUCAUGGAGGAGACCUCGUUGCGAACUAUCCUUAUGAUGAGACUCGGACUGGCACUGCUCAUGAAUACAGCCCCUGCCCUGAUGAUGCUAUUUUUCAAAGCCUGGCUCGCAGUUAUUCUGCUUUUAAUCCUGCUAUGUCUGAUCCAAAUAGACCACCGUGUCGUAAAAAUGAUGAUGACAGCAGCUUUGUGGAUGGAACCACCAAUGGUGGUGCAUGGUACAGUGUCUGGUGUGGAAUGCAGGAUUUCAAUUACCUCAGCACCAACUGCUUUGAAAUCACAGUGGAGCUUAGCUGUGAAAAAUUUCCACCUGAAGAAACUCUGAAGGGCUACUGGGAGGACAACAAGAACUCCCUCAUCAAUUACAUUGAGCAGAUUCAUCGAGGAGUGAAGGGCUUUGUUAAAGAUCUUCAGGGCAAUCCAAUAGCAAAUGCUACGAUUUCUGUAGAGGGGAUAACCCAUGACAUUACAUCAGCCAAGGAUGGUGAUUACUGGAGAUUGCUUGUGCCUGGAAAUUACAAACUUACGGCCUCAGCACCAGGCUAUCUAGCAAUAACUAAAAAAGUGGCUGUGCCCUUCAGCCCUGCGGUUGUGGUUGAUUUUGAACUGGAGUCAUUGUCUGAAAGAAAAGAAGAGGAGAAAGAAGAGUUGAUGGAAUGGUGGAAGAUGAUGUCAGAAACACUAAAUUUUUAAAUUAGGAUUUUGGCUUUCCAGCUUUUAAUCUAUUAUAUGUUGACUUAGUAUAAUGUACUGUGGAAACUCCCUAUAUUCUAGACUUUGUGCACUUCACAAUAAUUAACUUUGAAUUUUUCAGUCAUCUUUUGAUUAAUAUGAUUACAAAUAACUACUAGCCUCCUAGGUAGAUAAAUAAGUUAUUAAUUUUCUUUCAUAUUGUAAUAGAAAUUUACUCUUAUAUACAAAUGAGAAAAAAAUGAGUGAAUAUACAGCCUAUAUGACAGUACAAUCUGUUGUGUAUUAUUUGCAAGUUCAGAAUAUGUAGGUUAACUCUUGAUUUUGAAAAAAAACAUAUGCUGCAGUUAAUUACCAAUACUGCCAGAAAUAUUUGACAGUGCAUAGUAGUUCUAUAAUGGAUGUUAUUGAAAAGAUUUAUAAUAACAGUGUGUGGUGUAAUAAUGUUUUGCAAGGAUUAAAAUUCAAUAUAACAUUUUGUAUGUCUCUGGUCUUGGGGCUAUUUAAAUAUGUAAGAAAUAUAAGCUGACUUCAUUUUAGUAAGCAGAAGGAAUCUGUGUAAACUCUUAUUAAAGAUGGCAUAGAAUGAAUUCAGGUGUUAGCAAAGCUUUAUUCCUUAAACAGUUGAUAAUAUUCAAAGAUUAGAUUUUAAUUAUUUCUCAUUACUGAUUAACCAAACUAAAAAUUCUGAGUAGGUGGAGAAGAGGAGCUUGUGUGUCUUGUUGAUAUGCUGCUUGUGUUUGUUUUGCAGCAAGAGAAAAAUCCUUUCAGGUGAUGUCUGUUUUAAUUAGAUAACUACUUUUUCAACAA